AAAACAAAACUUGAAUUCGCGCCAAACCUACAACAGGCGACUGAGGCUACUGAGGCUACACCGACAGCUAUAAGUCUAGUAUGGGUGUCAACAUGGAUUCUAUGUACUUAGAAAAUCUGGACGAAUUUGUCAAUGAUGAAUCCAGAAUUGUAACCUACAAGUGGCUGAGUCUCACCCUGGGGGUCCACACCAAUGUUGCCAAACAGAUGCUGUAUCACUUUGUCACCAGUCAGCGUGAUGCAGACAAAGGUGACGGACUCAAUGUUACAUACGUGGUGUCUGGUAUUGUGGGCGAUGAGGGCGACACUCCUGAUGUACAUAAGGUAGUUUUGGCGCGGGAAGAAAAUUUGGCUACAGUCAAGGCCAAGUUGAAGGAGAUUAUUUCAGUACAUAUCUACAGUGUUCAGAAGACUAAGUUGAAUGAUAUGAGUGUUCUCUACACUGCCAACUAUGACAAGGUUAAGGAAAACAUUAUGAACAUAUGCAGGUAUAGUGGCAUUGAAUGCUCAGAGGCUAAAGUUCAUUCAACGGCAGACCUGGCAAAAAGAGAGCAACAGAAUGCCUACCACGCCCCACAUGACCCUACAAAGACAGAGAGCAAAAAGAAACCUUCACAAAUGAAAAUGUCCAUAAAGAAAGAAUCAACCUCAGAAAAUGAUGUGAAGCAGACCAUUGGCAGCAGUAAACCAACAGGGAAGAACAACCAGAUUGCAUCAAUGUUUGCUCGUCAAGUAAAGACAGCAGAUGAUAAGGAGGAAGGAACUAAACCUGAAAAAGCAGGUCGGCCUAAUAUGGGGGAAUCCAAGAAGACAUCAUCAUCAUCUGCUAAAUUCAAACCAAAAGGAAACAUUUCAAAUUUCUUCAACAAAUGUCCUCCAGUAAAGAAGCCACAGACUCCUGAUUCAACAAAACCAACAUCUGAGAAGCCAUUGUCCCCCACUACUGGGUCAGACAAGAGUGAAUCUACAAUUUCUUCCCCAAUCAUAACAGAGUCAUGUUCACCCUCUUCCAUCAACAUAGAAUCACAAGAGUCAUCUAAAGAUUCUCAGGUUGUGUCAAAAGAAGUUCACUCCUCCCCCAAAAAGGCUAAAACGAAGGCAAAGAGUCAGACCAAAAUUGCAUCAAAGGCCAAAGGAAAGAACAAGAGGAAGCAAGGCAAAGGAGACCAGGAGCCUAAAAUGAAGCGCAAGAGGAUAAUGCAGUUGAGUGACUCUGAGUCCAGCAGUGAUGAAGAAAAUGAGGAAGAGGCAGCCUUUUGUCCCAGCCCCCCACCACCAGAACCUGUUUGUGUGGAGUCAGACGAGGAGAUUCCUGCCACUCCACAGCCAGACUCAUUAGACCUUGUUAACAACGGCGGCCGAGCCAAGAAGAGAAAACUAGUCAACGAAACUUAUGCGGGUGAAGGCGGAUUCUUAGUCACAAUAAAGAAAUAUAAAUGCAUUGAAGUCUCAGAUGAGGAGGAUGUCACCUCACCUAAGAAAGAAAAUGCUUCUCUUGAGACAAAAACAGAAACUUCUCCUGAAACUGAAAUGAAUACUUCUCCAAAAUUAAUUGGUGAUUUACCACAAAGUAAAACAAAAACUUCACGGAAUAAAACCACGAAGUCCAAAAAGAAGCCUCAUGAUUUGGAUACCAAGAAGAAGCAGUCGAGUAUCAUGAGUUUCUUCAGUAAAAGUUGACAUCUAAGACAUUUAUCAUCAUGUCCCAUUGGCUGAGUGAUGGACAGUAGGGAAGCCACAGACCUCAUGACCUCCUUCUGCCCACAUAUGCAGUGAAAACCCUGGAUACUGUAUCUUCCAGAAUCUUAUUUUUGUUAUUUGCCGAUGAUAGCAUUUUGGUUUGAACAUUUUGUAGAUACUGGCGGUGUUAGAAGUACAGUAUUUACAUACUCACUAAUGGAGAAACAUGCUGAUUCUUUAAGACUUGUUCUUGGGUUUUUCAUAUCAGAGAGGCAUCUUCACGAGUUGUGAAUAAACUGGGAGGGUUACCAAAUAUCAUGUAAAGUCAUUUCUCAGUAUUUUUAGUUUUUAUGGAUUGUUUUGUGCCUCAGAUGAACUUUGGCUCUUCAUGAUGUAAUGUAUUCCUUUUAUAAAAACAAAAUAUUUUUUAUUAUAUAAUUUUAAAUAGAUGCAAAUGUUAAUUUUCCUCAGUUAUUAUAUUUUAGUAAAUGGGAGCCAGUCAUCUGCUUGAUGCAUCUUACUUGCUGGUCAUUGGGUAUGGGAGAAGUGACUCCUGCAGUUACUGAAAUAACAAGAGGAAGUUAGGCAGCCUUUCCUUUAACAUGAAAAGUCAAAAAAACGAAGAGAAAAAUAACAUACAGGUAUUUAUAAUGGCGAAUUCUUUUAUCUAUGUAGUAUGAAACCCUGUAUAGUAGAUUAGAGUGUCUUUAAUUAGAAUGGUCAGAGCAUCAUCAUUGUUUUAUACCUCUAUUACAUGCUCGCUUGGGUUAGCCAUGGUUGCUGGAUGGUAUGGUGUCCCAAGUACCAUGAGGCAAGUUUUAUAGAUGGAUGCUCUUCCUGUCUCCAGUUCAUUUUUGUAGAGUGGGAACUGGGCAUUACAGUACUGUAUAUAUAGUACAGUAUAAGACUUUCAGGUGCCCUUUUAGCUAGCAAGGCAGGGUCACUACUCCCUGAGGUAAACAGUGAUUACCUGCCCAACCACAGUGCAGUACAGUAGAAUAAAGCAAUUGAAAGUUUAUGUUUAUGUGGGAUAUGUAUGGUCAAAAUUGUAUACCUGUACUGUACCGUAUUUAGAAAUACAGCACAAUAUUAUACUGUACUGUAUACAAUACUGUACCUGUAAAAGUACAGGUUUAGAUACGUAGUACAAGCACAGUAAUACCUACAGUGUUGUGUGUGAGCAAAAUGAAGGAGAAUAAUUUUAGAUUAUAUUUUAUAAGUUGUCAUUAAUGAACAUAUUGAUGACACUACAACAAUCUUUAAACAAUUAAUUUCCAUUAACACAAAUAUAAGCACAUGGCACUGUAGUAUAAUAAAACUUAGAUAUACUGUAUAUUGACAUGUAGCUACAGCACAAUACUCUAUACUGUAUAGGAGACGGAAUCCCAUUAAGUUGUAUCAUGUAUUGGUACAGACAUUUACAUGACAAGGCAGUACUAUAUGUAUCAUGACAUACAAGUUUUGAACUGUACUACUGUACUGUACUACAUCAUUUAAAAUCUUUUGGCAAUAAAGGAGGUGUAUUUUGUGAUCAUGCAUAAUAAACUUACAAAUAAAA